AUGCAAAUUUCAGAACACGUUAACCAAGCCAUCACUGAACUUACAACAAAAAUAGCUGCACUCGUUGGCAAUAACACCCAUGUUACGAAUCCAAAAGAUCAAACCCACAACCUGCCCAUCAACAUCCUAAAUGCAAUCCACAUAAAACGCAAACUGAGAAAAAACUGGCAUCAUACAAGAAACCCAGACGUUAAGACGCUACUCAACAGACAAACAGCUCUAUUACACGAUCUAAUGCAUUCACACAGGGACAACAAAUGGGUCAACUUUCUGAGAAAAAUCGGCCCCACAAGUGAACGCUGGACAAUGAUCUACAAACUAAACAAAAAAUCUCAUGUAUAA